CCUAACGGUGGUACGUCUCGUUAGCUGAGUAUGAAAUUUCCAUGAGCAGAUUUCUCUUGCCGUAAGCCAAUAAGCCUUGGCAAUAAGCAGCAUGUUGGUACGAUGGGUGAUAUUUCUUACUUUUAUGUUGUUCUUUGAGAAGUGAUUAAGUACCGUAACAAACAUGUUAGCGUAGUUCACUCGUGGAUCUUGAUAUCUAAAAGCUAAUCGCGAUUCGGAGGAACUCGAACUGACAUGGCUCAGUCAUUGGCUGGACUAGCCGGACUAGCCUGCCUACUUGUUUCAAAAAAAAUUAGAAGUAGGAAGAUUAGCUAAAAAAAGACGAUGCCUAGCCCUAGGUAUCAUGGUAUGACCUGCCCAUCAAUUUUGCCAUUUUUGUCUAGAUUUUAUUUGAAUAUGGUACAAUAAUUCAGCCUUUAAUUUGCAGAUAGGCCACUAGUACUAAACUAGUAUACACUGGACUAGACAGUGUUUCUUGAAUUGAACUGAACAAGAGUUCUUCAAUAAGGCCAACUUGAAGAUAUGUAACACUGUUCAGUUUUACAGACAGUGAGGCGGAAGAUGUCAAAACUAGAGGAAAUCUACCUGGACUGUCACUCAGUGGAAAAUACUGUUCUCUCAUGUUCCAUCGAGACAAAGAUUUCUUUGUUCUGUCUCAAUUAUGUCAAGUUGACAAGUGUCAAAAUCUUCCUGUUGUGUUCCGUAGACAAUUCUCAAUCCUGUUCUUUACCAAAAAGUGCAUUAGAUGGGCUCAAUACAGAGUUAGUUCGACAGUUCAGCAGUGACUUCCGUCCUGGAGUUGAUGACUGCAAGCAUCCAAGUGCCAGAUCGAGUGAUGGUGAAUUUGUCUCCUUUCACUCUGGACUUUGUAACAUGCUUAGACUGGCAUUGAAGACUGCCCACCUUAAUAAUCCAGAUAAAAAGUAUAAUGAAUUAUUAGGAUUCCAUGAGAACUUCCUCAAGGCGUGUGCUGAGGUGUCAACAUGGACAAAAUUCUGUGAAAUUUUACUGCCAAGGAAAAUUGAAGAUAUUCUUCAGUUGAAAAUGAAGGUUGUGCCUGAGGCAGAUGACUCAUUGAGCCUUCCAGCAGAGGUGGUCAUGUUCAAUAACAACUUCAAACAGCCGGUCAGGAUCACCAAUAUCAACAAGACUAGGCAGAAAAGGUUCAACGAUUUGAAAGCAGACAAGCGUUGUCAUGUUAAAGAUCAUCGUGACAUUGUCUUGGAGCAUAAGUUUGCUGAGGGAUCAGCUACUUAUAUGUCAAUUACAGAUAUAAUCCUGUACCCUUGUAUUCACGAAUAUCUGGUAUCAGAAAUCUGGAUUCCUUAUGCAGUGCGAACUCAUCUUGACCUGGUCUAUGAGUGGUACCUCCGGAUGGCCGAGCUACCGAUUAUAAAGCAAGUCUCUCAAGCGUGUUUUUAUCGUCAACCAGUGUUUGAUUUAUAUGCGGCUGCAGCCUCUCAAGUCACAGUGCCAGAUGUGUCGGAUGGAGCUGUCAGAGACCAAGAGAAAGCCAAAAGAAGGCCGAGGACCAGACUGAAAGAUGUUCAACCUGUCUUGUCAAAGUUACAGGAAAGUAACAUAGCCCCUGUUGUAUGUGGUCAUCCAUGUCUAGAAGACUUGAAGUUGGAUUGGGAUGCAUUGCCAGAGGCCACGCAUCCUGCUACAGGAGACCUUCCCCAAAAGAGGGUAGAAAGAAAGUGCCAACAGUUAGAGAAUAUGGUAAAGGCUGUCUUACAUAUCGCCAAACCUGGAGAUAGGAUAGUCGACUUCUGUUCAGGAGGGGGUCAUGUUGGUAUUCUGUUGGCCUACUUUCUUCCCGAGUGUAAGAUCCUCCUGAUAGAGAAUAAAGAAGAGUCCCUCCAACGUGGAGUUGAGAGGAUCAGGACACUUUGCUUGACUAAUAUUGAUGUAUAUCAGAGUAAUUUGGAUUACUACCAUGGGGACUUUGACAUUGGUCUGUGCCUACAUGCAUGUGGUUCUGCUACGGAUAUGGUCCUCAUGAAGUGUAUAGAGAGAGACGCUGCUUUCAUCAUCUGUCCCUGCUGCUAUGGAAGCAUAUCUGACACAAUCACUUUGAAGUUUCCAAGGAGUAAUAAGUUCAUUGAAGCUGGCAUUUCAAAUCAGGAGCACCUUCUGCUGGCCCGAGUCGCUGACCAAACCGAAGUCAAGAUCGCCAGAUCUCAACAAGGCAAAUACUGCAUGCAGUUGAUCGACACGGACCGUAGUCUUUUUGCUGGACAGUUUGGAUAUGAGGUCACGCUGUGUUCACUGUCACCUCUGUCUUGCACACCCAAGAAUAAUCUUCUGGUAGGGAUCAAAUCAGACAAAACUGGUCAAAUCAGACAAAACUGAAAAAACUCACUCGAAGAAAUUGCAAUACUGGGGAAUUCGUUUCUUUGCACCAUCCAGAAUGUCAUUCUUGACCUUAUGUUAUUUUAAUCCAGAAUAUGAGUUUUAACAGUAUGUAAUUUUUGACAUGUCAUUUUGAUUAAAAACCGAGAAAAGA